GGUGGCGGUUUGGAGAACGAGGCAAAGAGGUCGUCGGCCAUGGCGGGCGAGGUCGGCUCUCGGUCGAGGUGGCUCAGAGGUCAGAGAGCGACGAGGACGAGGACGAGGUUGGCCGGCUUCAUCUCUCGCUCGCUCAUCUCAGCUCGGCUCAACUCGAGCGAGCGUACAAGCACCCGCCAUGCACGGCUACACCGACUCGGUCCACGUUCCGCUCCACCUCCCCGCCCACCUCGUCAAGCCCGCAACCUCGUCCUCCUCGUCGAACAAGGCCAACAAGGGCAAGGCAAAGGAGCUCGCAAACCCUCUCCCUGCGACACCUGCGACCACCACCGCCGCCACGUACAAUGUCGCCCAAGGCUGGUCCGACCAAGAGCGCGUCCACAUGCGCCAAAAGGUCGACAUGGCCGCCCUCCUCGGCUACUCGACCGUCCUCCUCACGCUCAGCAUCCCGCCGACGUGCGACCCCUCGGUCCUCGCGUUCCCGACCCCACUCUACCCCGACAUCGACCCGCGUACGGCACCCAAGGGCACUCAGGGCCUCGUCCUCCAGCUGUGGAGGGUGACGGUCGAGCCGUACGGCGACGACGCCGUCAAGGGCGCGGGCCAGAAGGGGUGGUACGGCUUCGCCAACUCGACCGCGCCGCUGUACCCGCCGCACACGACCCUCCUCGCCGUAACGCCCACCUCGCUCCCCUCGUUCACGCACGUCGCCCUCUCGCUCUCGCCCCCCUCGGCCUUCUCCCCAACCCUCGUCACCCUCGACCCGUCCCAGUCCCCUCGCCUCCCCUUCCCGCUCAAGCGCGGCCUCGUGUCGUCCCUGUCGCGCGCAGGCGUCGCGUUCGAGCUCGUCGUGCGCGGCGUGACGCGCCUCGAUGAUGCGGCGGCUGGGGACCAGGUCGGCGACGCGGGCAAGAGGAGGCGGAACUGGAUCGCCGGCGCGAGGGAGGUCGUGAGGGCGACAGAGGGGAGGGGCGUCGUCGUGAGCAGUGGGGCACACCGCGCGGGCGAGAUGCGCGCGCCAGAGGACCUCGUCAACCUGUGCUCCCUGAUCGGCCUCCCGCCCCCACAGGCCAAAGACGCCCUCACCGUCAACCCGCAGCGCGCCAUCCUCCGCGGCCUCUCCCUCCGCCAAACCUACCGCGGCGUCCUCUCGAACCCGACCCUCCUCACGCACGCCCCGGCCGCCGCUGCGGACCCGGCGCCGCGAGCGGCGCCCCCGCCCGCUCUCGUGCUCGCCGCGCCGCAUGUCGCGCCGAGGGAAGCGGGAGCUGGGGGCGAGGGCAGUGCGGGACCGGCGGGAGGAGGAGGAGCGCGCAAAAGGCCUGCGGCAGAGGUGCUCGGUGGGGCCGAGGGUGCGGCGAGCGCAGGAGCGGCAGCGGGGGCAGAGGCAGGAGCAGGGGUUGGGGCAGGGGCAGGGCCCAAGAAGGGCAAGAAGAAGCGCAAGGAGUGAGGAAGCGGGCGUGGGACGGGUUCGAGCGGCUCGAGGAAUGGCUCGGUCGGCGAGAGCUGCAACGCGAGGACCGUCGUGCUCUC